AGGAUCCAGGGGGCUGGACCUUCAUCGACUUGCAUGCGCGUGUCUGCGUGUGUGUGUGUGUGUGUGGAUACGUCAGUGUGUGUAUGUAUGUGGAGAGCAAAUCGAGAUACAGUAGUAGCCCAGAGUGAGGUGGCAGUCUUAUUCCACAUCGACACUGACUUGCCCUGCAUACAUCCUAUCCCUGUCUCUGCAUCGUGAGCGCACUUAAGAGGAGUGAAAGGAGGAGAGACUCAAGAUGGCAUCUGGACGUGGCCGUGGACAAUCCGGGAUCUAGUCUUGUAUUUUUUUUGUAUUUGGUUCCACGGAGCGCGAGUGACUGGCCGUGCAAGGCGUUAAUAACUAAGUUGCUCCUUGUUGGAAUAGCAACAAAGGACGGGAGCGCGCAUUCAUGGGACGCGACUUUGACAGCUCUCCGUGUCUUCUCUUAUAACUUCAUUACCUGGUAGCUGGGGUGAGAUUCUGACCGGAGUAAGGUGGAUCAUGGCUGAGGCUCAGCUCCCCGACCCACUCUUGGACUUGGACAUAGCCAUUGACCCGGACUUUGAGCCCCAAAAGCGGCCAAGAUCAUGCACCUGGCCGCUUCCUCGACCGGACUCGAACGCAGUGAAACCUGGGAGUCAUGACACAGAUAUUAUCCCCGAGGAAGAGGAUGAUGAGGAGGACAGUGCAACCCCGACAGCGGGUAUCAGUAUCAACGGCUCCGGAGCGGCGACGGAGGACCAAAGCAGCAGCAGCCCUGUGCCCGACGGAGCGCUCUCCUCCCCCGGGCAGGAGAGCGGAGGCUCCCCGCUUUCCUCGCACUCCCCGUCGGCCACCUCUGGAGCGCUGACUCCCAGCGGCUUGGCUGCCCAGCAGACCCCGAGGAAAGCUUCUUCUCGCCGUAACGCCUGGGGUAAUCUCUCCUACGCUGACCUGAUAACCAAAGCCAUUGAGAGCUCCCCGGACAAGAGACUGACAUUGUCCCAAAUUUACGACUGGAUGGUCAGAUCCAUCCCCUACUUCAAAGACAAAGGAGACAGCAACAGUUCUGCAGGAUGGAAGAAUUCCAUCAGGCACAACCUUUCCCUACACAGCCGUUUCAUCCGAGUCCAGAACGAGGGAACAGGAAAGAGUUCUUGGUGGAUGAUCAACCCAGAGGGAGGGAAGGGUGGAAAGGCUCCUCGUCGCCGUGCAGUCUCCAUGGACAACAGUAACAAGUACACAAAGUCAGCCCGUGGCCGAGCUGCCAAGAAGAAGGCUGCCCUGCAGGCUGCAGCCGCUGCAGCUGGCGAGGGAGGCGGAGACAGUCCUUCAGGUCUCUCCAAGUGGCCUGGAAGCCCGACAUCACGCAGCAGUGAGGAGCUUGAUGCCUGGACGGACUUCCGCUCCAGAACUAAUUCCAAUGCCAGCACACUGAGCGGUCGUCUCUCACCCAUUCUGGCCAAUCCAGAGCUGGACGAGGUGCCAGAUGACGAGCCUCCACUUUCACCAAUGCUCUACUCCAGCCCUGGCAGAGCUCUGUCUCCCAACAAUGGCUCAACCAAUGGGAAGUCUGCUCCUGCUGAGCUGCCUCGCCUGGCAGACCUGGCAGGUACAAUGAACCUUAACGACGGUCUCACAGAUGACCUGAUGGAUGAACUGCUGGAUAACAUCAACCUGGUGCCAACUGUUCCAGGACAGACUGCUCCGAAUGGUUCCUCAGGGUUCAAUUUUGGGUCCAAACCCAAUGGGCUCAGCUCACCAUCCCCCACCCCCUCCCCCUCCCCCAACUCUUCUUCUAAUGGUGGAGUCAACGGUUACACCAACUCCAUCUUUGGUCCCCACACGGCUGGCUCCACUCUGCGUCCGUCCCCUAUGCAGACCAUCCAGGAGAAUAAGCAAACCUCCUUCUCCAGCAUAAGCCUGUCUCGCUUUGGCAGCCAGACACUACAAGACCUGCUCAACUCUGACAGCCACAGCCACAGUGAUGUCAUGAUGACACAGUUGGACCCACUGAUGUCGCAGGCCAGUGCUGCUGCUGUCAUUUCCCAGAACUCCCGCCGUGGCCUCAUGCUCCGAAAUGAUCCUUUAAAGACCUUUGGGACCACAGGAGGACUUCAGGGCAGCCAAGGGGAGAUGAUUCAAAGCAACAACCACAACCAGAGCUCACUGAGGGUUUUGAAUGGAGGCCUGAACCUUGCUAACGAGGCUAACCUGGCAAAUGCAAAGCAGCAGCUCUUGCUCUCACCCUUGGGAGGAAAUGGUUCUUCGUCCAUGCAGAUCGACACGUCGAUCUUCCUCAAUGGAACAGUCAGCAGCAAUGGAGGGAUCUGUCAGGACCGGUUCCCCACAGAUCUUGAUCUGGACAUGUUCAACAGCAGCUUGGAGUGUGACAUGGACUCCAUCAUCAGGAAUGAGCUGAUGGACGCAGAUGGCUUGGAUUUUAACUUUGACUCUUUGGCCAACCUGAACGGAGUCGGCAACUUCGCAAACACCAAGCAGACCUCUCAGAGCUGGGUACCCGGCUGAGAGGUUCAGGCCUGGAAGGCGCAGAGCAGGUCUGAACUGUGUACAAGAGAAGAUCAGACACACAACAUCCUUUUUGCCAAACCUGCCAUCAGCACAACUUACAAAAAAACAAACCCUGUGUUUACAGAAGAAGACUUCCUCUCGAGAGCUUUACCUUCGCUCCCACACCGGUGCACCACGAACGAUCCCACAGACUCUAGAGAUGCUGCACAUCAGCCCUCAAAGCCUCCUGUGAAACAGCAACAAAGAGAAAAGCUAUGUCAGACUCACAAAUCUUAGAAUUAUGCAAUUUUUCCUUUUUCACCUUGUCCAUUGAUAUCAGAGACACUGCUUAUCAGAAGGGGGUUUCAGGUAGACUUAAAACAAGGACUAAGUAUAAGGCAAAGAUUGAUGGAGUGCACGGUGCAGUUGUUCCCAUUGAAGACAAAAGACGAAAGUGUAAAGUGAAAAAAUCUAGAAGUGAUGGUGGUGUAAAUCUGAUCCAUGUGUUUCCUGACGUUUGUUUUCACUUAGUGGUUUUAAAUGUUCAGUGUUGUUUUUGGAUAUUCUGUUUGAUCAUAAAUAUUCCUGCAUCAUACAUGUCUGUACAAAGUGAAGUUGUGUAUCGUUGAAAUGAUAUUAUGGAAAUGGAACGCAGAGUGUCCAUGCGUAGAGUACAUGCAAACACACAAAGUAAAAACUUUGAAUCAAUACUUGAGAACCCUUAAAAGUUAUCAAAUCUUACUUUGAUGUCAUGCACUUCCAGUUUUGUUUUAUGAAUUGCUUGAAUUAAAUUAAACACAUCAAACUGAGGGUCAUAUUAAAAUUAGCUGAAUAUUAAAAAAGUACUUCUUGUAUUUGGUGUAUACCUAAUUAAAGAAAGGUAGAAGAAACUCUGUCAAUAUUAUCUGUACAGAGGAGGACAGUGUUUCAGUUCAGAGAGGAGAGGGAAAGAUCUCGUCUGUCUUUGCGUAGCUUUUGUAACUUCCGGUGAAUUCUGUCAAGGUUGUUAUCACUGCAUAUGAUGUAGCCAAAAUAAAUACCUGUGUCCUAGAGUUGUGAACAUUUCCACACCAUAACAGGUGCUAUGUAAACAGUGUUGAAUCCUGCCCCGAGAGCAAGCCGUGCAUUCUGUAUGUUGGUUUAGUUUUCUGUUGUUCCUUGUGACUGGAGGGUGGAGAUCGGGGGGGCAGGGUUUUUAGGCUCAUUCCUCUAGAAGCCAUUUGUUUCUCGAGUAACACAAUAAGCUAUCUCUGUAUAUUGCCAAAUUACUUGAAACAGACAGUAGGAUAUGCUGGCAGCCAAAUCACAGCGCACACACACACAGACACAAACAUGCACACAUAUAGAAAAAUGAAUACCAGGGAUCUGUGUUAAGCUCUGCUGUUUUCUUGUCACGAGCUUGUGGGGCUUGUUAUGCAUAUUUAGAAUCACUCAGGGGGGUAAAGGGAGGCUUUCUGUUAACGUAACAUCAAGUCACAUUCUAAUGGUGUUUUAACUUUUCUUGAUGAAAACAGUGAUGCUUUGUGUUUGUGAACUUGUAACCUGUGAACCUGUUUUGGGCCGUCAAUAUGAAGAGGAGGAUUAGCGUCAGGAUGAAGACUUCACACGGUCUUAGUUUCGAUUUUGCUGUCAUUGCUUUUUCCCUGUCGGACUUGUGACACACACACACACACACACACACAAGCACACCCUCAUGGACACGCCUGGUGCUCCUGCAGGUGACUCCCUGUAUUUCCUGAAUACAUGUUAAUAUGUGUGUGCGUGUUUAUCUGUGGAGUUUAUUUCUUUUGGAUUAAUCUCACAAGGAUUUGUAAUCCCCUCACUUAUCCCUCAUGGUGCAUACAGCACAGCUGACUGUAUGCAUGUAUGUAUUUAUGCAUUAUGACUUGUGAGAAAUGCAUAUAUACUCACUGUGUAUGUCCUUAUAUACUCAUGUAGUACUUGACCCUUGGAUUUUGUGAUACCUCUGAAGGUAAAGGUGAAGAAAUAAUGAACAAGGUUACACGCUGAAUGGAGGGAACACUGUUACCAGCGAUUUAAUGUUGAACCAGAUUUUGAGAAAUGGUGGAGAACACUAUUAUUGUAGCAUCUGGAGACUCUGGUAUCCCUUCUUUUUUUGGGGGGUGGUGCGUGGAAAUGCACGCCCCGCUGUGUAUAAUAGUGUACAGAUGUGUGUAUAUCACUUUGAGGCCAAGGCAGAGGAGUGUGUGUGCAUGGUUGGCUAGAAUGAUCCUCUGUGCUACCUGAAGUUUAGUGCAUGACCUAGCUGUCCCCCCUUUGACCCUUUAAAUGGUGCCGUCCUGCAAGGAAAAUUGUAAUCUGGAGGAGGAACCCUGAGUCUUUAGCACUAAAACAUACACUUUGUUUUCUUAAAUCAGGGCCUAUACUUGCACCAUCCUCCCGUAUUAAAGGGUUUAUUGUAAUUAUUACAUUUGUAUGUAAACAAACGCAGACGCAGGGAAAAGCCUCUUUUUAACGGACGUUCCUCAGCUUCACACUUGAUUUUUUUCCACGUGGAGCACAGUCGAUUCACGUCCAGGUGCUCUAAGGAUAAUAAAGUAAUAACUUUGUGUUACUGGUAGUCCCCACACCUUGUUACUUUGAAAGGAUCCAAAGCAUUAUCACGUUUGAUUUGAGGAAGGGGAAUCCUGAACCAUCACCUGAACUGAUUGUUCUGAAUACAAGGAGCUCUGACAAGGUGAAUCCAGGGAUUAUUGAUCCUUGAUAAACUGCUCAUUUUAACUGAAAGAAGGAAGGUGUUUGUCAUGUUUAAUCCAAUCAGUGCAUAAUCUUAAGGCUUUUCAGGGAGUUAGUUUACACUUAAAGUGGAGCAGGCCUUCCACACAACCACUCAGUGUCCACCAGGCACCGAUGAUCUCCUCUUGUGCCGUACACACAUGCAGCACAACUUGUGCAAAUUUUAAACUAAGAGAAGCAAAAAAUUGAAGUGACAUACCACUAGAUAUACCUUCAUCACCUCCUCUCGGAAGUUUCUUUCUCUUCUCUCAGAUCUUCACCAUCCUUGUUUAGAUGCCCGGCCAGCUCCCCUCCAUACACCCUCUGAACUUUGUCCUCUGACCUUUGCCCUUUAUUAAUCUUGCUUCUUCUCGACUUGAUGUUAGUGGGUAUUUUCUCCUGUGUAUUCCAUUUUGAAUUGUAAUCUAGUUUGUAUAAGAAAUGGUGCGCAUGUAAAUAAAGCUUGGUGCGGCUCCACACUC